AUGGCCAUCGACCGUAUUCUUUCACGGUGCCACUUUUCCUCUGCCUCUCUUUCCCUCUUGACUCUUAUUUUAGAGACCGCCAAUUCCCCUGUUAUGCGUCAGAGUUUUCCGUCGUGUGUUUUUCACCGACAUGAGGUGAUGGAAAAGAGCGAGUAUAUGUGCAAAUGUACGCAGCUUACUGAAGUCUAUGAUUUAUUUUGCCAGCAGGCGAAGCAAGUAGACGCUUUUGCUUCUGCGGAUUCGAGGCCCAAUGUUAACCCUACCAGUCUUGCGUUGCAUGAGUCCAUAUCCAUGACUGCCUCGCAUGCUGACUACGAUUCCCUUACCCGCUGUCACAUUCUUGAAACCCUCACAGAAGAUCAAGUGACUUUUUUUUGGGAACACGCCGUAAUGUUUGCCGCUGAACAUAUACUGAACUCUUUUCCUGUUUCCUCGCGGCGCGGCAAGGCCGUGAUGGGUGUCUUCAUCACGCGGAAUGCCGUGGCGGAAUUUUCUGUGGGCCUCAUCACGCAGGGCACAUGGCGAGAUCAACGUUUGCAGGAGGCCGUUUCUCAGUUUUCUGGUCCGCACACGCUGAAUAAAGUGUACGCGGAGUUGCCUCUCUGUGCCGCCUACCGUACAGCGAAAGUGCGUUUGUGGUGGGAACCGCGUGUGGAGCGUGUGACUCCGCACCGUGUCAUGCCUCCAGUAAAGGUUAUUCUGGAGCAGCAGCAGCAAGAGCAGGUGGAUAAAACACAGUUGUGUGGAUACGCUGCGGUGAAUGUCUUUCUUUGUCGGCCGGCGGCGUCAAAGCUUUGCGGCACCACGCGGAAACUUUUGAACGGCGCUGAUGGAGGUGUGGCUGGGAAGGCAGUAAUCCCUGCGACUGAAAAGAGGAACGGGGAAAUAAAUUUAAAGACCGCCGCAUUCUCCAUUGAUGAUUCAAAUGGCGCUGCACGCUGCAGAGAGCAGGCACCGUGGCGGCGUUCAGUUGUCCUCCAUUUUGACGACCUCUUUGUUCUCGAAGAGGGCGAGCACCUCGUUGGCGUGGAGGUGGAGAGACUGCCGUCAUACAAGGCAUUCAUCCCUGCACUCUACGGUCACUUGGCUCCUUUUCUCGUAGUGACCCACGAGAACGCCUAA